AUGGGAGAUGUCGCCACCCAGCCGCAUCAUGUGGGUAGCUCCUAUCCGGCUGGGGGUAAGGUAGCUAGCCAUGACGACGACAGCAACGUCGGGGGCAAGGCUCCAGGGAAAGAGUUGGAGGCAUCGUCGGCAGCGGCGACGGCGACGGAGCUCGCGGAGACACCGUGCCACGGCAGGAAGGCCAGCAGGGAGGCUUUCGCGGCAGCCAACCUGGCCGCUGCGGCGGGCGCUGGGUUUACGCUCAAGGGCCUCGCCGCCGCCGCCGCCGCCGCCGCCGCCGGCUCCGGACCGCUCCCGGGGUCUCCGUCCACCGAGUCGGACACGCCCACCCCGCCCGGCACGGGCAACCAGCACAUGUUCGACACGGUAUCGGACGCGAAGUCCAACCUGCACGUGCCCGGCGGCGCUGCGGCCGCUGCCAGCGGGAGCGGGAGCGGGAGCCGAGAUAACCUGUCGAGAUUCGCCGGGAUGUUGGCCGGUGGAGCGGGCGAGGGUGACAUCGGCGAGGGAGAGACCGGGGGCAACGGCGACGGAGAGUCGGACGGAGUUAGCCCGGUGUCCGAAGCGACGGCGGAAGACGGCGAGGAGCAGACGACGCUGCCCUUGGGCAGGCCCGCCAGCACGAGGAGCGGCAUCCCCGACUUUGGUGCGCUGUUGGAGAAUGAAGCCGAGUCGUCGUCGACGGGGGGAGAGUCGGGAGCGAUGGCUGACGUUAGUUCCUGUGACAGCGGUGGAGUUGAAGUGGGCUGUAUUGGUGGUCGCCGUCUCCCGCCCAGAAUGGCGGACAUCAGCAAGCCCAUCUCUCUCGACGACCUGCGUUUCGUUGGCGACGAGGACAGCGCAAGCAGCGAUGUCGAUGUCGUCGUCAUCGGUGGCGACGGCGACGGCGACGGCGGCGUUGUCAUGAAAGGCGCGGAGAAGCUGGGAUCCCCCACGGGUACGGGGAGCACCUGCGAAGACGCGACCGGGCCGUCUUCAAGGGCGUCCAGUAACAGGAGGAGUGACGACAAUGAUGGCGGAGGCGAAGCGGGGACGAUGGAGAUGCCCUCCCCGUCCGGGGGGAUGUCGUGGGCGCCGGCGGCGCCGACCAUGAUGGCACCGGCGACGCCUGCCCCUGCCACGGCCCAGGGAAGCGCUACCGUCACCGACAACCGCAUCUCACCUUUCUACGCCGACAACUCCUCUCUGUGGGCGACGGCCGCAGCGGUCGCCGCGAGAGCCGAGCACGCGACGAACCCCACGCCCGACGCCAACCCCUUCUGGAGCAACAGCACUACUUCGUCGUCGCUUUCGGAAGGACGCGACCACCAUGUGCGGUCCGCAUCCGCGGGCUCGUCGGCGGAGGCGGCUGCGCCUGCUGCUGGCAACGGUAACCGCCUCAGCACCAGGCUCCGGCGCGCGGCUAGCGGGGUCAGCAUGCUGCCGAUAACGGCGAGCUCUCGGGUGUUCCCGUCCAGAAGGUUCUUUUCGACGAACUCGGCGUCUUCGGCGGCGGUAAUGAUGCCUCCCGCGCCUCACUCGAGCCAGGAACCGCGGUCUUCCUUGGUCCUGUCCAACGACAAGCUCGGCGGCGCGGGCGGAGCUAGCCAUCACAUCAACGACCCCGCCGACAAGGCUCACCACAUCUACGACCCCGCCGGAAAGGACGAUAUCGGCAAGGAUGGUCGGGCGCCGGCUUUCGGCGGGGACGGCUUUUUGGGGAAGACCCCGCUGGUGUCGCCGCUGGGGUCCACGGCCAGCACGGCGGCGGACGAGACCUCGUCGGCGGGCACCAGUCCCGCCGCCGCGAGGGCGAGGUUCGAGAUCGAGGGGGACAUUGAGGAGGGCGGGACGCGGCCGGCCAGCGCCGACGGCGAAGCUGCCGCCGCCGCCGCGGGCGGGGCGGCCGUGGCGGACGGGUCGACCGGGGUCGCCGCUGUCGCGGACGUCGAGGACAUCAUGCUGGCGGCCGCGGCGACGGCCGAGCAGGAGGCGGUGCUGCCGUGCGCGCCCACCGACGAAGAAAAGGUGAUCUACCGCAACACCGGACGGUUCGGCAUCAUCACCUGCGCCGUCAUAUCGUUCAUCACGCUGACGUGGGACUUCGGCAUUGCCAUGUGGGGGAGAGACUUCAAGUUGGACGAGCACGCGGAGGUGCUGAAGGCGUCGGAAGAGAAGGGCUACAUGCCCUCGGUGGACGUGUUCCUGCCCGUGUGCAAGGAGCCGCUGUACCUGCUCGCCAACACGUGGAAGUACGUGGCCGCGCUGGACUACCCCGACUUCAAGGUGUUCGUGUUGGACGACGGUGCCAGCGACGAGGUCAAGGCUCUCGCUUCGGUGUUCGGGUUCGAAUACGUGCUGCGGUCCAACGCCCCGGAGCUGAAGAAGGCGGGAAACCUGCGCAACGCCUUCGCGAUGACCUCGGGGGAAGCGAUCGCUAUCUUCGACGCCGACUUUUGCCCCAGGCCGGAAUUCUUGAAGGAGACCGUGCCAUACUUCGGGGAGGAUCCCACCAUUGGCAUCGUUCAGACGCCGCAGUUCUUCCGCGUCCGCGACGAGCAGACGUGGAUCGAGCAGGGGGCGGGGGUCUCGCAGGAGUUCUUCUACCGCAUGGUGCAGAUGAACCAGGACAGGUUCAACGCGGCCGUGUGCGUGGGGUCCUGCGGACUGUACCGCAGAACGGCUCUGGAACCGCUAGGUGGCAUGGCGGCCAUCGAGCACUCGGAGGACAUGUACACCGGCUACAAGAUGACGGAGCACGGGUUCAAGAUCAAGUACCUGCCGCUGGCGCUAGCGAUGGGGAUCUGCCCCGAGGAGCCGCAGAGCUACUUCAUGCAGCAGUACCGCUGGUGCAAGGGAAGCUCAACGCUCAUCAGGGAGAAGGAAUUCUGGAAGUCGGGCAUCUCCAAUCUCCACAAGCUGUGCUUCCUGAACGGCAUGCUGUACUACAUGGCCACCGCCCUGCUCAUCUUCGUGGCCCCCAUCCCGAUCAUGCUCCUGGUGUGGAUGGAGGCUGACGGGGUGCUCUGGUACCACUCCGGGUUCGUGAUGCCGUCGCUCAUCUUCGCCGGGAUCAUCAUGCCCCUGUGGUCCAAGCAGCGGUACGGGUUGGCCGCCCAACGGGUCAAGGUUCUCCAGUGCUACGCCCACCUGUUCGCCAUCAAGGACACCUUCAUGGGCACCCAUGCCCCGUGGCUUCCGUCCGGUUCGGGAAGCGCCAAGAAGCGCAACGCAACCUACACGGCUGCGGUGCGGCUCAUGAUCGUGUGGAACCUGAUCAUCACCUCUCUCAUCGUGGGGGGGAGCGCCUGGAGGAUGACCAUGCUGACCUGGUAUCACUUCCUCCCCGCCAUCGCGAUAGCGUCAGGCAGCUUCGUUCUCAACAUGAGCACGUUGAUAUACUGAUGUGCUUGCAGCAUCAGUCGGCGGCCCUGCUUUUUGAUCGUGAUGAUGAUGAUGAUGAGAUUUUUACGUGCUCGUUUUGAAAAGCCCUUCGACAUUUUAUGUGGACCGAGCCGUGUGAUCGCUCUCGCUCCCCUCCCCGCACUUCCGUAUAUUAUUUUUUUCUUCUAAAUUUCGUUUUACCCGCCUCACGUACGAGGCGCACGUUAUGCAAUGCAUGGCUGCUCAAGCAUUUUUUUUUGUGUGUGCAGUUUUCUCUCUCCCGCAUGGGUCACGAGGUUUGCGAGCAUGGCGCCUCGCUAGAAUAUCAAGCGAGGUUUGAUUUUGGGAUCAGUUUAUUUUUGUUGCGCCGCGCUCUGUGCUCUCGACAUGGGACAGCGCUAGCAGUGCAGAGCGUUAGUAAAUCGAUACUAUUACGACUCUGGAGGAAAGAUGAAACAUGAAUGCGUUUCUUUUCUAGUGCACGGGUUGUGGAUGAUGAGUGAAACCCUAUGAAGUGUUUGCCGCGUUCUUGCUUGACUGGAAUUAUAACGACGUAACGACGAAACGAAAUUAGGCUAAGUCAGUGAAAUGCAUUGACUGACGGCACGUCGUUCCUGUGCGCAGGGAGACCAGUUAAAAGAGGGGGGUCUUUUCUACCGUAAUAUUUACUUUUGGCAUGUAUUGGGUGGGGAAGCGGGGGGAGGCCCUGGUGCUCUGGGGCCGACUGAAGCGAGGCCUCUUCCGGGUGGGCAGUCACUGCUCUGCUCGGCACGGUGCGGUACAUGUAACGCACGGGCGAGGGGCAACGCCGAAUCAUUUGCUCAUGAAAUGUACUGCUGCACACUCGUCGGGCGCUUGCGCUGGGGCUCGUCUGCUUCCGGUGCGAGCGACACAGCAGUUCGUUCGAUGGUUUUCGAGCGGAGAAGGGGUAGAGGUAUCCGGUUCGAGUGGGAGCUGUACCCUGUACAGCAUCAUGAGACAUUUGUCGUGUUCGCUGGCCGUCCUUGAGCAGGAGGACGUCGGUCGGUGGCCCCUGUUUGGUUGUGCUGUGAGGCUGGCUCAGUUUCUGAGUUCCAUCAUGUUUUUUCGUCGGCGGGGUGGGAUGUGUUGAGAUUGUUGCUGAGGGGGCGGGGGGGGGGUCCCGCAGGAUAUUUUAUUCCCAGGUGAGCGUGCCCCGCAGGCGAAUGAAGGAGAGCGUGAGGGCGGCAACAGCUUGCGGCACUGAUUUGUCGGCGCCGUUGUCCUUUCUCCCGUUUCACGGACGACAUGCAGCGUCGCAUGUGCCCGGCUAUUUGUUUAGCUGUUCGAUGUUGUAUUCGGGCUCAACAUACCCAUGCGCGUUGUUAUUGUCUGUGCGACUGCUUGCUGGCGUUGCGAGGAGAGCGUUUUUGGUGGUAGUCUAUUCUGUCUUUUUGGGGUUAUUUUUGUAUGUUCUCGCCGUGUCUUCGACACCAAUUGGGGUCGGAGCUGGACCCAAAUGAACUUACCUGUACAAGUAGACGCAUCUCAUUUACUACUCGGAUCGGUAUCAAGAAUGGGGUAUCAAGGUCUUUGGUGCGCCUGUGCAUUGAAGCACCCACUAGAUAUUUUGUGUAGGUGGCGGUUGCCUUUCGUCGCGGCCUAUCGGAUUUUGAAGAGGCCCCAAUAGUGUGGUUCGGGAUGGAGAAGAUGUUCGGGUUGUGGCUGCAGACGGGCGUACUCUCUUCUCGUUGGGGGGGGGGACAGACUACUUCGUUCCCGUGUGCCAUCUUCUUUGUGCGCGUUGCCAUGGGCACUCGCUUUCUUCCAGAAAGGGAAGCCGUGCUCUCUCCGCUUUCCGGGUGUCUGCGGGUAUGGCGCGGGCCCGCCGCGCGCCACUUGCGUACUUGCUUGUUUGUUUGUGGUCGUCCAACCACGCUUUCUUUUAGUCUCCUGAGGGACGUGGAUCCGUGUAUUGAACGGGUAUGCUCGGGAUGUUGGUUGUUGCCGUUGUUGUUAUUAUUGUUGUUGCUGUUGUUGUCAUCAUCGAUGUUAAACAAGCUUCUUUGCUCGCCUUAUUUUUCUUGUUUCUUCGGAUCUUGCGUGAGAAAAAAACAGUUAGUUUCGGAGUGGAGAAGGUGGCGAAAAGCUGCAGUAUCAACGAAAAAAAAAGGAGGGUGUGCUGGUUGGUGGUAAUGGUAUCUAGUGGUGAGAGUGAGGCAAGAAGAAGCAACGAGAGACCACGAAAGAGCGUGCUCCUGUGCCGGCCCCCUGUUACACCGCCCGCGGCGUGCUCUUGGCAGUGGGUUCACCUGCCGCCUGAGGUUUGCUUAGUGGAAAUGGAAAAGUAACGUCUGUCGUUGUGAGGAGUUUUGUUCCUUUUUGAAGGACAUGGGAGAAAGUGCUCUCAGUGUUUACUGGUGGGGUCAACUGUUGUGUUGCGUCGCUGAAAUAAUCUGAUUGGCUAUCUGUCCAGUUGUCGUCGUGUCAUUGUCCGGUGCGGGGGUGAGGCAGCGCCUUGGAAAGCUACCACCCUGUAGUCCUAGUCUCUUGCGUGACGGUUUGGUGAAUCUUGAAUUCUUCUGUCGUUCCGACAUGUUUGGUGUCGUUGCCGAUUCCGAAGGUCGGCGGGUAUUGUAGUAUUGAGACCACUGGUGGUUUAACUUUGGUCUGAAUUGGCUUAAGAUUUGGGUCUUGCUUGGGCGUGCUUGCCUCGUGGGUGCAUGUGCGUUUUGUUGUUGCACCGCGCGGACUCUGCUGCUUGUAGUAGUCGUCGUCCUCGUGGUCACAACCCGCGCCCGAACGCGGCGCAAUUAAAUGCUACCAUUUAGGAAACACCUCACCUGGAUGCCCAUUAUUUACAUGGGUGGGUCUUUGGUCCGUUUUUGAUCACUUUUUCCCCCCGAGAAUGACAUGAAGAUUGUUUUCGA